AUGGGUGAUAGUUAUUCCAAAUGUAAAAAUCGGGUAAACGUUGAUAUAGUUGGAAAUGGUAACUCGGCAUUUGUGCUCAAUGGUGUGACUUUCAAUGUCACCAACAUGCUGGAGACAACCGUUAUUUUUACUAUAAAAAAAUAUCGUGUUGAAGUGAUUGCAAUACAAUUAGUAUCGUUUUGUGUGAUACUUUUCUGCAUAUUAAUCAUUGGUCGAUAUCAUAUACCGCACCAUCGAACCGAUGAAGAUACAUCUGAAGAACAACAUAUGGAACGAAAUAAAUGCAGAACGACCGAAUACAAAAACACAGAUUGUGCUGCUAAUCAAGUUCGAAUAUUUUAUAAGAUCUGCCUUCAUUAUCAUAUUGGACUUAUGUUUAGCAUUUUUCAGGAUCGAAAACUGACAUUGUAG